AUGACUCCGACACUUCCUAUAGGAAACGCUCGAAGUGUCAACUGGACUUCGGCUCGAAGUGUGUAUUGGUCUUCCAACGAGGGUAUAAAAUCAAUUCCCGCCCUUAAUGUCUUGAAUGUUACUUUGGAAGAUGAACAUAGCAUCAAGAUACUGGUUGCAUCUCCAAAGGGAUCUAAUAAACUGCGAGUCAAAACCAUUGAACUAGUAGCAGCCGAUGCCGAAAAGGCUAAAGAAUGGGUACCGUUAGUAAAUAGGGCUGCAUACAAGGAUUCCAAGAGAGGCAAACGUUUCAAAGUCAUCAUCAACCCGUUCAGCGGCACUGGGAAAGCGUCGGAAACAUUUCAUAAGGAAGUAAAGCCAUUGUUCGAAGCUGCUGGAUCCACAUGGGAUAUUACACUCACCGAAAGGAAAAAUCAUGCUAAAGAAAUAGCACAGACGCUGGCCCUUAGUAUGUACGAUGCUAUAGUCACCGUAAGUGGUGACGGGAUUGUGCAUGAACUAAUUAACGGCUUGCUAUCAAGACCAGACGCAGCCGAAAUUACGAUUCCCAUUGGAUGUAUCCCGGGUGGCAGUGGAAAUGGCAUAUCGGUUUCUCUCACUGGAAAUAAAUAUGGAUACAGUGCUUCAUAUUCCGCUUUGGGCGUCAUCAAAGGCAAAUCAUUCAAAAUGGAUAUCUGCUCAAUAACUCAAGGAGAGAACCGCUAUUUCAGCUUUAUUUCCCAGACUUACGGUAUCGUGGCUGAUUGUGAUCUGGGCACCGAGCAUCUCAGAUGGAUGGGCGAUCUACGCUUUACUUGGGGUGCUCUCAAAUACAUCCUUCAAGGCAAACGCUAUAGCUGCCAAAUAGCUGUAAAGGUGGAGGAAAACGAUAUCCAAACAAUCAAAGAAUCGUACCGUAAUUCACAGCAGAACUCUAAAGCUGCCGUACCAUCGGCAAAAGACACUAUUUCGGGAUCUAUUAUAGACACUUACGGUUCAGUCAAUGAUUCAGUACCGAAUGAUUGGACUGUUUACGAUGAAGAUAUUUGGAUGUUUUGGGCUGGAAAAAUCCCAUAUGUCGCAAGGGACAUGUGUUGUUUCCCUUGCGCUUCACCUAAUGACGGUUUUUUGGACCUAAUGAUUGCAUUUAAGAAGAAUGUUAGUCGAACGAAGGCAAUUAAAUUCAUGGGAUGGAUGGAAACUGGAAAGCAUAUCGAUGCCGAGGAGGAAAAUACGUCCGCAAGGAUCCGUAGAGUAAGAGACACGCCUCAAAUUCUGGGUCCUCUUGGGUCGCAUGCAUUGAGUCAAUUAACUGGCUCGAUUAACUCUAUUGUACUUUUAGAUGAACUUCUCUUGGUAGCCGCAAAGCAAGAUAGCGAAGAUAUUUUUGAAGAUAUAUUAUCGCAGCCUAACACCUAUAACAUUAAUCAUGCCGACAGCAUAGGAAAUACUGCUCUCCAUUAUGCUGCUCAAUUCGGCUCUCUUACGUUGGUACGACGGUUACUUGGACAGAAAAACAUCAACGUCAAUUCUCAAAAUACAAUAUUAGGCGAUACACCUUUGCACAAAGCUGUUCAAUAUACGGACGUUCCUGCCGAUGCUUAUGAAAUUGUUGAAGAGCUUCUUAAUGCUGGUGCGAAUCCUAGGACACGAAAUAAAAAUGGACAGAGGCCCAAUGAACUAGUCAAUCCAGGAAAUCAAGACCUAACAAAACUCCUACAACAAGCUGUUGCUGGCCUUGAAGCGGAUGUAAGUGAAAUAGCGCAGGACGAUGACUCUGAUGAUGACGAACCACCAAGUGAUGUAAGCGAAGAUUGA